CUAUGGGGGAGGGGCAGACACGACGCAGAAUUUCAAAGUAAAGUAAAAGUGAAAGUAAUUGUAGGAAGAGAUCUGUACAGAGGACAGAACAAUACAGAGAGGAGACGGACAGACUGACGGACCCCCCACACCACACAGAGAUGAGUUGGAUUCCCUGGCCACAGAGUAGUAAAAGCAAGAAGAAGCAUGUGGUUGGGAUCACCACCAGGGCGUCUGAGAAUUGCUUCCGAUGGUUAGAGGACUUCAUCACGAGGGAAUAUCCAGAUCACAUUGAUGUGAUACAUCUUCCCAUCACCAACAACAACAGAAGUGACUGGAUGGAGAUCGCGAGAGCGUGUUCUGCUGUCAUUCUCUAUCACACCAAACACCAGGGACGGGUUAAUAUCACCGAUGUGGAGGGAGCUUUAUAUGAAGAAGAACUUCACUAUUUGAAUAAUAUUCUGGGCAGAGAGAAGGUGGUGGUCUUGUUGGAUGAUAUGAAUGAUAUCAGUGAAGAAGAGAGACAGAGAAUCCUGAGGACACAGAUAUCCCUGGACCUUCUGUCCUCUCAUCUCAUCCUUAUUCCUGAAAAAAACAAAUCUGAAACCGUAAGAAGGAAACUAACAGAAUUUCGUACAGCUCUUUCAGAAGGUGUGAAGACAUCUCAGAAGAAGGAGAGCCCUGGAUUAUUUUCUUCUCUAUCUUCAAUUUUCUCCAGAUCUUCAGGUGAUACUGGGAAUAGUGACUCCAAAAACAAUAGUAAAGGGGAUCGUGCAUGGUAUUACCCUGAUUUCACAUCUGGUAAAUCAUUAUCAUCGUUGAGUCAGUCACCACCUCCUCCAUACCAGAUCGGCAUCUUCUCCAGGUCGGCAGAAAGUAACUACAAUUGGCUUGUCAACAUUCUGAAAGUAGAUGAUCCCAGGAGACUGCUUGACAUCAAAUCCGUCUACAUAACUAAUGAUUAUGAAACGUUCCGCUCAGGACUGGAAACCUGCCAGUUUGCCAUUCUGUAUCACACGAAAAAGCAAGGACAACUCAACAUCACCAACGUCGCAGAUUCCUUGUAUGAUGAAGAGCUCCAGGACAUGUCAAAGGACCUCGGAAGAGAAAAUGUGAUUGUGGUAGCUGAUGACUUGAUGAGCAGCGAGCCUGAAGAAAAGGAACGGAUACUGAGACACCAGCCCAGUAUUCAUGAAUGUGCCGAGGAUUUGUUCCUAUUCACAGAACAUGGGAAAUGCUUAAGGAGUCUGCAGACAAUACAAGAAAUUAUAUGGAAACGUCAAGCCAAAUACAACGGUCAUAAGAACAGAAAAACACAAGACCAAGGGUCCACCUGCGACUCCUCAUCUCCCCGGACAGGAUCUGUUGACCCUCUGACUUUAUUGGAGAAAAGCGAAUUUACAGAACCACGAUACAAGAAAUCUAAGACAUUAUCGUUCAGUGAGCAAACCAAUUCCAAAGGACAAUUAUCUAAUCGGACACACUAUGGUAAUGAGGAGGAAGGUGCACGGCAUCCCACCGAUCCCAUAUUUAGUAAGUCACCAUCUUCUCCAUACCGGAUCGGCAUCUUCUCGAGGUCGCCAGAGAGUAAUUACAAAUGGCUUUCUGACAGACUUAUGGAAGAUGAUCCCAUGAGAGCGCUUGACGUCAAAUCCGUCUGCAUAACGAAUGAUUAUAAAACGUUCGGUUCAGGACUGGAAACAUGCCGGUUCGCCAUUCUGUAUCACACGCUAAAGAAUGGAAGACUCAACAUCACCAACGCCGUGGAUUCCUUGUAUGACACAGAGCUCCGGGACAUGUCAAAUUUAUUCGGGAAAGAAAAUGUGAUUGUGGUAGUUGAUGACUUGAAGAGCAGCGAGCCUAAAGAAAGGGAGAGGAUACUGAGACACCAGCCCAGUAUUCAUGAAUGUGCCGAGGAUUUGUUCAUAUUCACAGAAAAAGAGAAAUACACAAGUAGUCUGCAGACAAUAAAAGAAAUGAUACAGAGACGUGUGAAGAGAUCUCAACAGGAGGAGGAAAGCUCUGGAGGAAUUUCAACUUCAACAGGAUCCAGAUCUUCAAGUGAUUUUGAGCUUAAUGACACAAUAAACAAAGGUAAAGGGAAGUAUACGAGACGUCAUGCCGCCGAGUCUACAUCAGGCAAAUCAAGCAAGCCAAGUCACUCACCACUUCCUCCCUACCGGAUCGGCAUCUUCUCGAGGUCGACAGAGAGCAAUUACACCUGGCUUAUCAACAGACUGAUGGAAGAUGAUCCCAUGAGAACACUUGACAUCAAAUCCGUCGCCAUAACGAAUGAUUAUAAAACGUUCCGCUCAGGACUGGAAACCUGCCGGUUCGCCAUUCUGUAUCACACGCAAAAGCAUGGAAGACUCAACAUCACCAACGUGGCCAAUUCCUUGUAUGAUGGCGAGCUCCGGGACAUGUCAAAUUUCCUUGGAAGGGACAAUGUGAUUGUGGUAGCUGAUGACUUGAAGAGCAAUGAGCCUGAAGAAAAGGAACAUAUACUGAGACACCAGCCCAGUAUUCAUGAAUUUGCCAAAGAUUUGUUCCUAUUCACAGAAGAAGAGAAAUACACAAGAAAUCUGGAGACAAUACGAGAAAUCAUGCAGAGAAGUUUGGCAAACUUUAAAGUCCAGAGCAAUAUUCCAAUCACAGCACCACACAGAGAUGGGGAAUCCUCCGUAAGGAAUUCUGGAUCUUCUGUUCACAGUUCAAAGAAUAGAAUAACACCAAACCAAGGAUCCGCCAUGGACUCCUCACCUCCCUAUUCAGGAUCUGUUGGCGGUCAGAAUGUAUCUCAGAGAAGCGGUAUUGGAGGAUCACAAUUCAAGACAUCCAAGACCUCAUCCGGUGAGCAAACCAGUCCCAUGGAAACAAAUGAUGAUCUUCCAGAACCUUCCUCUCCUGGCUUGCUUAGUCCUCCCAACAAGAAAUGUAAUGAUUUGCAACAGGAAAACCAAGAACUAAGACAAGUCAUACUCGUCAAAGACGAAAUGAUCGAAGACCUAAGAAAAGACAAGCUCUCCCAAAAAGAAACGAUCAAAGAACUAAGAAAAACCACGCUCUCCCAAGAAGAAACGAUCGAAGAACUGAAGAGUACAAUUAUUUCAUUGACUUUAGAGAAAAAUAGGGCAGUGCAAAAGAUGAGGAAAAUAAUAAAAGGGGGAGUUGAUGGGCACGGGGAGGAGAUAAGGGAGAGAAAAAAGUUGUUACAACAGCGAGAAACCAAAGGAAAUGAGAUAGAAAUGGAUACAUCACCCCAGGAGGGAGAGGAAGGGGCACAUGGUCCACCUCAGGGACGGGAGAGAUUUCAAGAAAAAGGACUUCAUUUGAAAGAACAUCAUAUACAGAAAACAGCAGCUUCCAGUUGUCUCGAGAAUCAGAGUAUGGAUGACCUAAUAAACCAAUUUCAGGAAAUGAUAAAGGAGAAGAAUCGCAAACUACAGAGGCAGAGCGAGGAGGAGAUAAAGAACUCGAGAUUUUUAGUGAAUAGUGAAGACUACAGUCAAAAGGGGAUUAUGGUGGGGAUCACCACCAGGUGCUCAGAGUACAACAUCCAAUGGUUGAAGGACUUUCUCAAAGAGAAGUUCCAGGACCUCAUCCUAGAUGUGGAACAUUUUCUCAUCACCAACACUAACAGAUAUGAAUGGGAGAAGAACGUAAAUAAAUAUUCUGCUGUCAUUCUCUAUCACACCCAACGCCAGGGACGGGUUAAUAUCACCGAUGUAGAGGGAGGAGUCUACAAUGAGGAACUGAACUUUCUGUGCCAUAAGCUAGGUAGAGAGAAGGUCCUGGUGGUGUUGGAUGAUAUGGAAGAUAUCAGUGAGGAGGAGAGACAGAGAAUCCUGGAGUCUCAGCCCAACCUGACCCGACUGUCCUCCCAUCUCAUUCUUAUUCCAGAAAUUGGAAAAUAUGGAGCUGCUUCUAGAAAAAGAGAAGAAUUCCUUAAAGUUUUUGGGGCUGAGCAGACUGCAUCUUGUGCUAUACCGGACCAGACCACUUCCAGGACCAGGCCAGGUGACCUUUGUGGUAACAGGUCCUUUGUUACAACGAGACAUAAAAACGCACGUUCCUCUCUGGCGAAGUACAGAGUUGGCAUUUUCUCGAGGUCGGGGGAUGAUAACUAUCAAUGGUUGGUGAACUCCCUGAAGACAGCCGGUAUAGGAAGGUCAAUAGACGUGUGCAAUGUCUACAUCUCCAACAACUACCAAUCGUAUUACUCAGAGAUGUCCCGGUGCAACUUCGCCAUCCUCUACCACACCAAGAGACAAGGAAGACUGAACAUCACCGACGUCACCGACUCCUUGUAUGACCAGGAGCUGAGAGAGCUGUCCGAUUGUCUUGGAAACGAGAAUGUCAUUGUUGUGGUUGAUGACCUGGUGGACACCAGCAAUGAAGAGAAGCAGAGGAUACUGAAAAGCCAGCCCAGCAUUGGUUCUCUGGCCAGAGAUCUGUUCCUGUUCAGUGAGCAACAGAAAGACCCUGAGACCUUCCAAGAAAUAAUGACCUUUAUAGAGUGCAAUGUUGCUGUUGAUGAAAGCUUUACGAUGAGGUUCAGUCCUCAUCGGAAUAUAAGAUCACCAGAAGAAGUUGAACAACAUCAACAACCACCACAGAACAUUUCUAAUGAGUCAAUUCUGAUGACUGAUAAUGAUUAUGAUGAGGAUGGUGAUGGACCUGCCUUUUACCAUUUCAGAGGAACCACCAGAUAUAAAGCACCUGGAUCAAAAUAUGACACACCUUCACUCUGCUCAGAUCUCUAUACGUCCCGAAAGCGCCCUAAUUACUAUCCAUGUGCUUUUGACCACGAAUCUUCUUCUUCAAAGAAGAACAGUUUUGAGGAGCAGGAAUCCAAGAAAAUAUUGUUAGAAGCCGAAGCCAUCAAUAUAUCUGAUGACACCCCAAACACAGCUAGCUGGAUGGACAAUCAGCUAAGAGUGCUGAAUGACACGGGAUCAGUGUUUAUUGCACGGCUCAGUGAAUUGAACGACUCAUGGCGGCGUUUCCAAAGAGCAUUACAGAACCCGCAAAGUGAAACCCAACAACUGUUAAGUAAAACUCACACACAAGCGGAAGAGCUUAAAGAAAAAGACAUUGUAAUAAGCAACCUUAGAAAGGAAAUGUAUCUUCUACAAAGUGACAUAGAGGAGAAGCAAAGGACAAUAGAGGAGAAAGAGAGGACAAUAGAGGAGAAACAUAGGACAAUAGAGGAGAAGCAAAGGACAAUAGAGGAGAAAGAGAGGACAAUAGAGGAGAAGCAAAGGACAAUAGAGGAGAAACAGAGGACAAUAGAGGAGAAACAGAGGACAAUAGAGGAGAAACAGAGGACAAUAGAGGAGAAACAGAGGACAAUAGAGGAGAAACAGAGGACAAUAGAGGGUAAAGACAAGUUCAUAGAGGAACUGAAGGACAACAGAGUUAGACCAGUUGACAAAACACAAGAAGGAAGAAGAGACAGACUAGAACAUCCAGCUGGAACGCGAGAGGAGAUAAUAUGGGAGAAGGUGAAGGCAAUAAUGCAGCUUUGUGUUGAGAUCCAAAACCUACGGGAGAAACCUCAAGAUCAGGAGAAAUCAGAGGCGUUACAAGGACCUCUCAGAAAACGACGAGGAGCCAAGAAAUGGACUAGCGAAGAUAUGAAGAAUGAACAAGAUGGAGGUCUGGAUGCAAAUAGUUCCAGUGAGCCUGAGUCAACGGAAAGCCAUUCCACCAUAGAGGACUUGUGGCAGAAGAUAGCUGAACUGGAGAGCAGGAUAAAACAUCUGGAAUACACAACAGACAAUCAGAGACACGAACUGGAUAAAUAUAGACAGACAGUAAAGGAUCAAUCAUCCAAGCUAAAUGAGUAUGAAGAAUUAGUGGACUCUUUGCUCAAUAAAACUGAGGAUAUUAAACAUAUAUGAUGCCAAUAACAAAAUAAGAUGAAGAGAAGGCUUGGGAUCUGUGUACAGUGGAACCUCGGAUUGCGAGUAACGCAGUUAACGAGUAUUUUGCAAUACGAGCGCUGUAUUUCUAAAAAUC